UAGUGGUUGCAUUUAAUCUUGUACAUGUACUUUUUGCUUUUCAGUCACACAACUUCACAAGGGCCGAUGAGCGAUGGAUAGUUUUGUCGAAGGGGAAGUGAACUACUUUUAGGAAACUCUCUCUCGUAUUUUCAUCAGUCUCGGAUCUUUUCAUGUGAUAUGGACUAAAAAAAAACCAGGAAGAAGGAAGAUAAACAUCAUCAGUAAAUUAUAAGAGAAAGAACCAACAUUAUGUCAGGGUUUCACGAAUCUAUAAAGUCUUUAUUAUCAGAUAUUGAAAAGUUUCUAAUAGAGACAUUGAAGAAUGAGAAAUUGGGAAAAUCUGCAAAAAACUAUAAACAAGAAAUAAUAGACAAAAUAUGCAAACUUAAGGAGGAAUGGCCACAAUUAGGAAGUGUGCACACAGCAGAACAAGUUAAACCAGCUAAAGACUGGUUUGGCACAUUAACUCGAUGGAGAAGGAACAGUCGUAUUAUUUCAUGGAUUGAUGUACCAAAAGAUGAUGAAUCAACAAGAACUGGUGGUAGUUCUAACACUGAUGAAACAGAAGACCCCUAUGCUGAUAGUAGUGCAGACAUACCAAAUGUGCCGGCCAUGGACCUUACUAAUUUCACAAAGGCUGGAUUUUUGGAAAAGAAAAGACCUACAGGUAUUAGUCUGAAGACAAUGCAAAAGAGAUGGUGUGUGAUUAAAGGCAAUAUAUUUUUCUACUUCGACGGUAAAACAUCAAAGAAAAUGAGUGGGGCUUUCAGAUUAUCAGAUUAUAGUUUUGAAGAAGCACCAGAGAUGGUGAAGGAAGAAAAGAAGAAGGAGCUAUGUUUUAAACUUGUUAGACCUGCCAACAGAACCUAUGAAUUUAUGGCUACAAGUAAAAGUGAAGUUGAAGAAUGGAAAACUGCAGUCAAACAAGCCAGUGUUGUUGUUCCUACUAAAAUCACAGAUGUUGAUAAUGAAGAUGAUGGUGAUAUAUAUGAGCCUGUUGGAGAGGAAGCACAGGAAACACAAGAAUUGUAUGAUGAUGGAACAGAUGGAGAUAUUUAUGAAGCAGAACCAGAGUCUUAUCCACCAGAACCAAUACAAGACGAUAUUUAUGAUGAGGGAGCAUCUGUACCCAUACAAGAGGAGACGUAUGAAGAUGCCUCAACUCCUUCUUUGCCAUCUGUACCUCCACCACGACAGGCACGUCCUCCACCGCCCCCAGUUCCUGAUGAUGAUCCAUACCAAAGCAGACCACUUCCACCAAUUAGGGAGCCACCUAAAAAGACAGAAGACCUCCCCCCACUUCCACCACCAAACAAAGUUGUGGAGGAGGAACCAGAAUCUUACAGAAAUGAGGAUGACUUUGAAAAUAUGUUUAUGGGAAAAUGGGAUUGUACUGGGGACAAUGAAAAAGAGUUGUCUUUUAAAAAGGGUGAUAUUAUUUACAUUAUAAAUAGAGAUUUUGAUGACCGCUCAUGGUGGGUUGGUGAACUGAAUGGGAAAUUUGGAUUAGUUCCCAAAAAUUAUCUUACAGAGGCAUAUACAGAGACACUAACAUUCUGAUCUUGAAAAUAUUUAGUGCACUUUUGAUUUGGACCUACCAAUAAAAGAUAUGGUAAGGAGAUAUUGUUCUUAACUCUUUUUGACAAGGUUGAUUGGUAGCAGGAGUCGGUUUCACAAAAAAACUGAAAGACUAGGAUUGGUCUUAACUUAAGUAUACUGAAUUGUUCAUGACUUACAAUCAAUCUUAGUCAUAAUUGUUUUUUUUGUAAAACCGUACCCUGAAAUUUAACUUAUUUACUAUUAAAAUAUCUAUAAAAUCUUUGUUCUUUCUGAUUAAAAAAAAAAAGAAGAGUUUGAUGUAAAUUGCAAUUUAUAUAAUUGACCAUUUUUCUUUAGUUCUAUUGUUAUCUUGACAGGAUUCUAUCAUUGGAAAAAAUAUUUAGACAAUAAUUUUUUAGGUAUUUGUGUUUAACAGUGAGAGCAAGGACAAUCAGGGUAUCCAAUCAAUACUGUGUGUAUUGUUUAUAUACUGAGUGUUAAAGAGUUUAGAAUGAAGAACUAUUUUGUUUUGUGUAGAUCUGAAUUAGAAUGAAGUUUUUCAUUUUGCAUUAUUAUUAAGGUGCUUAUUUUAUUUAGUAUAUAUUAAUAUAUAUUUUGUACAUGUAUAUGUAAUGUUAUGCUCUGAAUUUGCAACUGAAAAUUAUUAUCAGUUUUUAGAUGGACUUCGAUAAAGAGGUUAUGUUUGCUGAUUUUUUAAAUGUGUUAGUAUAGCAUGAAGUACAGAAUCUUAGCUGAUAUUUAAUUAAGUUAAUCAUUUCUGUUUUAAUCUCACUUAUAUCUUCAAGAAUAUUUUUUUUCAAAAUCCUUUCAAUUGUGCUUUCUUGGUGCUAGCAACGUGUUAACCUUGUAUGUUUAAAAUUUAUCUGUAUUUUAUUUUAUUUCAUUAAAUGAAACAAUGUUUUAACAAAUAUGAUUUUCAUUCAAAAAUCUUAUAAAUUUUUAAUUUUGUUAAUGAUAUUUUACACCAUAGUUAAACCAUAUAUAAAAUGAAAUGUCAGGUGUUAUGGUUGAAUAGAGUGAAUCCUCACAAUAUAAGCUAAUUAAGUUUGUCAUUGAUAGUUAUUAUUUUUUGGCAGUAAAGUUCACAGAUUUUUACUAAUCAUAUUUGCAUAUGCUGAACUCUUGCCAAAACAAACAACCCUAGUCCCUUGUCUCAGAAAAAAAGUAGAUUUUUAGUCAUUAUUAAUUCAUGCAAUUUUAAAAUUCAUGUAUUUUUUAGGGGAUAGUAAAAAGAUACAAACUUAUUCAGGUAUAAUUAUGAUAUAACAUUGAAAAUUUUAGAGAGACCUCUGUCUGAACAUUUGCAAUACUUAAUUUGACCAAAAUUGCUGAUUUAAUUUUCUUUAAUGAUGAAAUGAACUGUUGUCCUCUAUUUACCCUUUUGCAUUUUCAAUCUUUUCUUCACCAUACUUUUUGGAGAUUUUUUUUAUCCAAAACUUGUAUUCUUUCUAUUUUUGUUGAACUUCAUGAUGUUUUGAUAUUCAUACCAACUGUAUUUAGUCUGUUUUGUUCAGGUUGUCUGUUUUUGUAGCAUUGUACAUUUUUUAUGCCCAAUCAUUCCAAAUUAAGAUAACUUUGUCAGGUAUUUAUUAAUCUUUUUGUUUGUUUGUUUGCUGAUGUUUUACACCAGUUUCAGACUCCUUGGCUAUACAUGUAUCAUGACAGGAGACACAAGUAACAGGAAAGAACACACCAACUACAAAGUUUUUGCAACCUAGAAAAUUGAAACUGAUCACAAUUUUUAUAAGUUUCAUUAGGCGAGGUAGGUUCAAAAGUAUUGAUAAAUUUUUUAUUCGGCUGGUGCUACUGUUUUUUAACCACAAACCAUGUUCCAAAUUUCAAUACUGAAAUAUAUAAAGAGAAUGGUUUCCAUUAUGAAGAAAUCUCAAUGCAUUUCAUCCUUUAUUUUACAUUUGUUUGUUGAUUGUCAUAGAAAUUUGUUAUUGAUUAAUAGUCUAAGUAUAAGUAUUGUUGUUAAAAUGAUUACAUUUGAUAAUUUUGCUCUUAAUUUGUGCAAUAAAUUUUUAUUUUAAAAUAUA